UAUACAUUGUGUUUGAACAAAUGUGUGUGGAGGAGCCCUAAACCUAAGCUAUGAGCUAUGGCAGAUGAAGCGAGCUGGGAUUCGCGGCGUGGCAGCCGCGGCCGAGCUUCUUCCAAUCGAUCGGCAAGCUCGUCACAGCGCGCGGCAGCGCCGGAUGGUAGGGAUUUCAUCGGCAGUAUAAGGCGGAGGCAGCAGCAAGCGAGGGGUUUGUCGCGGAAAUGGGGGUCGAUCAAUCGCUACAUUCUCCAGGCGCGGCAGUGGGCCGAGCAGGAGCCGACGCUGCUGGCGCUCCAGGCCGCGCUGUUGAGAUUCGUCGACAAGCUGGUGCCAGUCAUGGCGACAAUUCGAUCGAGGGCCGGGAAGGUCGUCGAGCGGUGGUGGCCGGGAGUGGAGAGAUGGGGCAUAUUCGCUGGCAGGUUUUUCCUGAUUCUUCUCGUCGCUACGCUUGACUGUUCGCUGCGAGGGAUCAAAUCGGUCUUGCGAUUGAGCUCCGCGGCCUUGUGCCUCAUUUUUUGGUGCUCCAUUCUCAACCUCGCGGUGCUCGCAGGAUUCCUCUCCAUCGCCAUUGCCACUGUGGUCACGAUAGUCACAUCGUUUUUCCUUGGAUUAACUCCAGGUUUCAUCGUCCUGAGCUUGUAUGGAGCUUCUGUUUCGUGGAUGUAUGGGAGCUUCUGGACGACGUUCGCAGUCGUCUUAAUUGCAGGCACUCUCUACCUUUUCCAGCAGCCUGCCGCCUGGAUCAUCCUCUUGCUCUACGCGGUUUACUCGUGCAAGGUCCAUGGAGGGUGGCUUGGAGUGUUUCUCUGCUGUGGCCUGUCCUUCGUGUCCAGUGACGUGAUCGUUUACUUGGUCGCUACUGUCGAGCAGAGAAGACAAAGUGAAAAGGUACACGAUCGGUUUAGUAAAGGCAAGGCAGCUCCCAAGUCCAGUUCUCAAACUCAAAGAUUUAGCAGUGCUGCUGAAGACGAGAAUUCGCCUUCCGUAAGUGGUGCUCCUGAUGUCGACCAAACGGUGGCAGAGGAAGAGGUUGCACGAAUUCUGGGGUCCGGGGAUCACUAUGCAGUUCUUGGCUUCCAACGGUUUGAAGUUUGCGAAGAGUCCGCUCUGAAAAGAGAGUACAGGAAAAAGGCAAUGUUGGUUCAUCCUGAUAAAAACAAGGGAAACGCAAAAGCGGAAGAGUCGUUUAAGCGAUUACAAAAUGCUUAUGAGGUUCUUCUGGACACUGCGAAGAAGAAAUCUUACGACGAUGAUUUGCGCAGGGAGGAGUUAAUCAUGAACUUUCGACGAAACGGCUUUGGCUUCCAUAAGAACGGCAGGUGUGAGUCGCCAGAUUGUGGGUGUCACAAUCUCGAUCACCAAGACGAGGGAGCUGAAGCCGAGCUAGUUGACGCACGGCCUAUUGUCUGUAAGAAUUGCAAGCAGCUCCACAUGUGGACGCCUACGGACAGGAAUAAGCAACACGCGAGGUGGUGUCAAGAGUGUCAGGAAUUCCAUCCGGCCAAGGAUGGAGACGGCUGGGUAGAACAAUUUGGUCAUGCUGUCUUCUUUGGUUUGUUCCAAAAGGUGGAUGUUCCUCAAGCAUACGCUUGCGCUGGAGACAUGGUGUUCAACGUAACGGACUGGGCGAUUUGCCAGGGCAUGAAGUGUCCAGCAAACACGCACAAGCCUUCGUUCUUCGUGAGCACACAGGCAGCCAUGGGAGGAGGAGGAGGAGGAGGAUCUUCAUCGAAAAAAGGCAGGAAAGGCAACGUUGCCGAAGGAUUUCCAUUCCCCGACAUGGCGGAGACGAUGAACGAGCAAGAGUUUUACGACUGGUUCGAGAAGGCGAUGGCUUCCGGGAUGUUUGGAGGCGCGAGUUCUUCUCACGGCGAGCAGCAAAGCCAUCACCAGCAACAGCAAGCUUCCUCGUCGUCGUCCAAGCAAGGCCAUCGAAAGAAGAAGAAAGGAGGCAACAAGAAGCAGUGGUGAAGAACGCAUACGUAGAUAAAAGCUAUAUAAUCUCAGGAGUGGGAUUCGAACCCACGCACGCUCUUUGUCCCCGAUUUACCCCAGCAAAUACUUUUUUGUCACA